UUUUAUAUCGGCAAAACUUCGGCCCGGAUUUCCUCACGUGAUGUCCUCCAUUACAUAAGCAUGUACCUUCAAUCCACGAACUUCCGCAGCGACUGGAAGAAACUACACUUGCGAACAGGAAGAAGGAUAGAGAAAAAGGCGAUAAGAGGAAGAAAAAGAGGAAGAAGAGAGACACGGAAAAAGGCAGACAGAGAUGGCGUCCGCUUCCAUGGCGUCGACGCUGCUGCGGUCGUUACGGGCGGCCCAGCAAUGCGCCCACAGGCCCUGCCAGAUCAGACAAUACAGCCAGCUGCUAUCACGAACAGCAGAGACGACGAGACACUCGCUGCGGCCUCUCAGCAGACAGGCCCGUCCGGACAGAUCCAAUGCCUUUUCUACAUCCACGGUGCGGCCGGCCAAGACCAUCGAACAACUCAAGGCGCGCUCUUCUACGGGACCGUUCUCAUGGAAGUCGGCGGUUCUCUUCGUGCUCACGGGAGCUGGCAUGAUUGUCUAUUUCCAGUAUGAAAAGGCACGGCUGGAGCGCGAACGGAUCGUGGAGAUGAGCAAAGGCGUUGGGAAGCCUCGAGUAGGCGGGCCGUUUGUGCUCAAGGACCUCAAUGGAGAGACCUUCACGGAGGAGAACCUCAAGGGCAAAUACAGCUUUGUAAGAAAGAACUGCUAUUUACAAUUCACGCUCGGAACACAAGUUAAGCAUAUGGGACUGACGAAACAGGUCUACUUUGGUUUCACACACUGCCCUGACAUAUGCCCGGACGAGCUGGACAAGAUGGCCGAGAUCAUCGACGAGGUACGGGCCAGGUCGAACGGACAGGAGGUGAUGCGCCCGGUGUUUAUCACCUGUGACCCGGCCCGAGACAGCCCAGAGGUGCUAAGAGGGUACCUGAACGAAUUCCACAAGGACAUCAUCGGCCUGACGGGCACGUACGAGCAAGUCAAGGAUGUGUGUCGCCAGUACCGUGUCUACUUUAGCACUCCGCAGAACAUCAAGCCCGGCGAGGACUACCUAGUUGACCACAGCAUAUACUUCUACCUAAUGGAUCCUGAAGGCGAUUUUGUCGAGUGUAUCGGACGGCAGGACACACCCCAGACGGCAUCAAAGGUUAUCCUGGACCAUAUUGGAGACUGGAAGCGGGCUGGCAAGCCCCUGGAUGUGACUCCCAGUAGUAAGUAGCGAGGAAAUUAAAGUAAACGGACAAGACAAGUCUCCCUCCUCCUGUACAAUAUACUAUACUCCGUAUAGCCCGAGAUAUAUAUAUCCGAUGAAUGUAAUAAUAGCAACAUGUAAACAGGCCUAUCCCUCCAAGAAAGUGUGUAAGAAUAGCUCUCGAGACUACUGGGCCGGCUUCCCAUCCGCGUCCCGGUCUCGGUUGGCCCUCCACUCGGCAGACGAGCUGUCAUCGGCAAAGUCUUCUCUCUUCCAUAUCUCGACCUUCUCCUUGCACUUCUCUAG